AUGGAGUCUGUCCACGGCAACAAAUCUGUUCCCCCAUCACAGCCGUCAGUUCGUUCCCGCCGACGACGCGCCAUCGAGGCCUGUUCAUUCUGCCGUAGAAGAAAGAUCAAAUGCAAUAAUGAACGGCCUGUCUGUAUCAACUGUAAGACGUAUGCACAGGACUGCGUCUAUGAGCCCAUUACCAGUAAAACCCGGGACGCUGGCAAUGAACGCCACAACCGGUCCAGGCACCGCGGGUCUCUAGAGAAGAGUGUCCCGAACGUUGACAAAGAUGGACGCUCUCGUCCAGUCUGGUUGCCACAGAGCAACAGUGGUGUUGACCAGUUCCAAGGGGUAGAUGAAGGAACUGCAUCUGGCAACCAUUCUAAUGGUGAUAUGGACCGAGGCGACGCGACUGGGUCCUCUGAAGCUAGAGUGGCUCACAUUUUGGUUUCAGCUAACGGCGAGUCCAGCUAUCACGGGCGAACAAGUGCUCUGUUUGAAGAUCAUGUCCAAGAUCGAUCAAUUGGGGUGGAUCAGCGCCCUCGAAUGCCAGACGACUGGGUAGAGCGGGGCCUUGUCGCUGAAGCAGCAAAACAACGUCAGAUGGAACAGUUAAACUUCCGCCAGGCUAAACUUGACUUUGAUGGUGUUGAUCCAGAUCUAGGGAUGCACCUGCUGUCGCUCCAUUGGAACCGACAACAUCAUUCAUUUCUAAUAACAUACCGCCCAGCAUUCAUGCGAGAUAUGGCUUGCAAUGGCCCUUACUUUUCUAAGCUACUACUUAACGCUAUCUACUUUGGUGCGGCCAAAUUCAGCCCUAGGUUGGAGGUUCGCAAAGACCCCAACGACGUCCGCACGGCUGGCUGGAGGUAUCGCGAGCGAGUCCGCGAACUCCUAGGUGGUGCGCUAGAUCAUAGUGAUAUCACAACAAUUCAGGCACUACUUGUAAUGACAAACUCACUCUUUGCUCUCGGGGAUGAAAGGAGCGCUGCAUGGCUGUAUUCUGGCCUGGCGUUCCGCAUGUUGAUUGACAUGGGAAUGCAUGUUGACUUGACUAGUACACGCCGAUUCUCAGACGAGGAUUUAGAAAUUCGACGACGGGUCUUUUGGGGUGCAUUUGUUGUGGACAAGAUCCAGAGCCUGUAUCAAGGCCGCCCCGUUAGCUUGAAAGACACAGACGCCCUCGUCCCAAUAAAGUUUCUGGAUACCUACGAGGAGCUCGAGCAUUGGCAACCUUUUGCCUAUACGACAUCAGCACCCGACUACCCUGGGAUGCCCGCGUAUAGCAUAUCUACUUUCACGUGUCUGUGCAAACUUUCACUCAUCAUGAGUGACAUCCUAAGCUGUAUAUAUACGGAACGGAGUUCAAACCAAAGUCCCGCUGAGCUGGCAAGUAUGCUGGACGAACUGCAGUUGAGAUUGGACCAAUGGCAGGCUAGGUUACCAGAACAUCUGCGGUUUGACCCUGGGAAAGCUCGCAGCAUGGCAUUCCCGCCGCCCCAUGUGUCCAGCCUUCACGCUAUGCAUAACUCACUUGUGAUUCUGUUGCACCGUCCAUUUGUAGCAGACGGGCAUCUGUAUAGCACAUCUCCGUCGAUAUCUGUCGAUUCGUUCAUGAAGUGCGCCUCGGCGGCAUCAAAUACUAGCAAUCUGCUGCGUGCUUAUCAUCGUGCAUUCUCUAUCAGACGAGCACCCUAUCUGAUAUCAUACGCAACAUAUGUCGCUGCCACGGUUCUGACCCGAAUUGCGGCCAGACGUAGGAAUGAUUCGACGGCACAUGCCAACCUAGCGACAUGUCUCGCCGUCUUCAAAGAGAAUCAAGAGACGAACUCAGCGGUGAAAAAAGCGGCUAAUAUUGUACAAGGCCUCAUGAAAAAGCUUGGCGUCACUAUUGACAAUAUCUCACUUGACGCUUUAGAAAUAGACCCGCCGAUCAGAUCUUCCGAGCGAGAUCCCCAACCCAAUCAUGGUGCUACUGGUGGCGAUGUCAGCGUCCAGCCGAGCACCGGUACCGCAACCCACAGUAGUCUGGCUAUUGGGAAUGUGACUGGACAUUUGAACACCAAAAGUCCGGAUCAGCCGAUACAGUCCCCUGGAUCGGACUGGGUAGAUAUAGAUGGAAUUAUUCAGAGCUUUCUACAUGAGAAUAACAAUCGCGGAGCAAGACUAGUGGACUACGAGGCCAACGGAAUCCCCACCCAGCCGUCUAGAGCACCAUGGAUGACGGUGCAUCAAGGCGACAUUCCUCCGCCUGUGAUGGUGGACGAUGCGCGAACCUUGGGAAACCAGGCUUCCCUUCGCCCGGAUAUUGAUGUUGCCAAUGGUGCGCAUCGAUCGGAGACAGCGGGUGGAACGUAUCAGUGGCAGUAUGGCUGGAGACCGGCAAAUUGCGAGCCUACAUCCUUAGAGGAUCCACUUUUUGGCUUGAACGGUUCGUCAAUAGAUAGCUUCCCCUUUGCAGAUUGGUGA